UACAUAACAAUGACAUUAAACAUAGCAAAGAGUAUUGUUAAGCUUGGCAAUGGCAUACUUAAACAGACAGCAUUGCCUUGGACAAAGGAGGAGUUGCGCGAUACUACAAGAUUGGAGAAGUUGUUGGAUACGAUGGUGAGGGAGAUGCGAUCGAGCAGUGGCUGCGGCAUCGCCGCACCCCAGAUAGGCAUAUCGAAGCAGUUGUUCUUGUUUGAGCUGGAUGCUCGCGAGUCUGACUUGAAGUGCCCAAACUUCCCCCUGACCGCCUUCUUCAACCCGCGCAUCGAGAUUGUCGACGAGGACUUUGUCAUUCCUCGUCCCCUUGCCGGCUCUUCCAAGAACCUGCUCAAUCUCACGCGAUUCAAACGAAGUGUGCACUCGGCCACCAAUCAUCUCCCUCGCGUGGCAACUGCCAACAACACGAUCAGUCUAUGGGAGUCGUGCUUGUCGGUGCCCAACUUCUACGGCCGAGUCACUCGCUCACGUCGCUGCAUCAUUAGCUUUACAGACAUUGCUGGACAGAGUCGAGCAAUCGAAGCAGACGGUAUCAUUGCAGCUUGCCUUCAACACGAGAACGAUCAUCUUCAUGGCAGAGUAUACAUAGAGCGUCUAAAGAAUGGUCUUAAUGACCUGGUCCACAUCGACGAGAUGUCUGAAGAGAUGCUCACCGAUGUUCAGAGGCUCACUGGCGACUUCCAAAUCACCAAGUAA